CGCAUGCACAUAUUUAUUGCACCAGGACGGGACGGGUGUCUAUAAAGCACCCUCACCCUCCGUGCAAAAGCCCCAUCAUCCACACGAAUGUUGGACAGAAGAACACGGUGCCAUCCGACCGUCCAUGUUCCGCCAUGGCCGAACGUGGACGAAUCAGAAGUAUUGUUAAGCCCCUAUUCCUUACCAGUCAGCGGCAUCGCCUUAGUAGGCGGCGACGGCGAGCUAUCGCCGUACACUUUGGGGGAGCUGAAGCUAUUCAUGGAACUUCGAUACCUUCCAUCUAAUUCAGAUUCUAAAGCGGUGGAUCUCGCUAAUCCACAUUUAGACCCUUACUCGUGUGAUUCCUUUCGGAUUUACCAGUUCAAGGUAAAGCUAUGUACAAGGGGAAGGUCGCAUGAUUGGACUGAGUGCCCAUUCGCUCAUCCUGGCGAGAAAGCCCGGCGAAGGGAUCCCAGGAAAUUUCAAUACUCAGGUAUUUCUUGUCCUGACUUCCGCAUGGGAUAUUGCAAGAAGGGAGACGCCUGCGAGUAUGCACACGGGGUGUUUGAGAGUUGGCUUCAUCCUUCAAAAUAUAGAACUCAGUCGUGCAAGGACGGAAGAGCUUGCCGUCGACGUGUUUGCUUCUUUGCGCACACACCGGAGCAGCUCCGACUGCCGCCCAACCAGGAAUCGAGCUCAAAAUCUUGGAUAAAUGAGAUGGCUUCCUCGUCACAACGUGUGCGGUUGGAGAAAACAGAGGAGCCGGAGAUGAGAAGGAUAGAAAGGAAGACGGAGGUGGUUAUGAACGACGGGAGGGAAUCGCCGGAUUUUGGAUGGGUUUUGGAUCUGUUGAAGUAAGAAACUAGUGUGGAGGGAUUCUAUGCUCUGUUAAUAGAGAUAGGAGAGAAUAUUUUUUAGCAAUUUGUUUAUUUCUCACUGCGGUUGUGGUUGUUGGAGUUCGAGUUCUGUGGAUAGAAAUAGAGCUUUGAAGCUAAUUCGAGUGACUGUUCCACUCCGUUUCUUUUUCAGUUUGAUGGUUGGGAGGAAGGAAAUGGUGCUUCAUUUCUUUAUCCUUUCCAGUUUUUAUUUUGGCCCAAGGUUUGCCUAAUUUGGAUGUAUAUACGAAGCGUUUUCCCAGGUGUGUUAGAGGGUUGGUGUUU